CAAAAGCUCCAUGCUGGCUGAUCACAGCUCUGUCAGUGAGAAGGGUCUCCAUGGAUCCAUUCGUUUUCUUGGUGUUCAGUCUCUCCUGUCUGCUUCUCCUCUCACUCUGGAGACAGAGCUCUGAGAGAGGGAAGCUCCCUCCUGGCCCCACUCCUCUCCCAGUUAUUGGCAAUUUCCUCCAGAUAGAUGCAAAGAACAUCAGCCAAUCUUUGACCAAUUUUUCAAAAGUCUAUGGCCCUGUGUUCACCCUGUACUUGGGCAUGAAGCCUACUGUUGUGUUGCAUGGGUAUGAAGCAGUGAAGGGAGCUCUGAUUGACCAUGGGGAGGAGUUUGCUGGAAGAGGAAGCUUCCCAAUAGCUGAAAAAAUUAAUAAAGGCCUUGGCAUUAGUUUUAGCAAUGGAAGCAGAUGGAAAGAGAUAAGACGCUUCUCACUCAUGACUCUGCGGAAUUUGGGCAUGGGUAAAAGGACCAUUGAGGACCGUGUUCAAGAGGAAGCACAGUGCCUUGUGGAGGAACUGAAGAAAACCAAUGGCUCACCCUGUGAUCCCACCUUCAUCCUGAGCUGUGCUCCAUGCAAUGUCAUCUGCUCGGUUAUUUUCCAGAAUCGUUUUGAUUACAAGGAUCAGCAUUUUCUUACCUUCAUGGAAAAAAUAAAUGAGAAUGUCAGGAUUCUCAGCUCCCCCUGGUUUCAGGUCUGCAAUAAUUUCCCUUUACUAAUUGACUAUUGUCCAGGAAGUCAUCACAAGAUAAUAAAAAAUAUUGAUUAUCUCAAAAGUUACUUCUUGGAGAAAAUAAAAGAGCAUCAGGAAUCACUGAAUGUUGCAAGCCCUCGGGACUUUAUUGAUUAUUACCUGAUUAAACAAAAACAGGUAAAAUGUUAA